UGCCAUGCAGGAAGGCCAGACCAAGAGCAUGUUCGUGUCCCGGGCCCUGGAGAAGAUCCUGGCCGACAAGGAGGUGAAACGCGAGACUCACUCCCAAGUAGGGGCCUUUCUUUCUUCCUCAUCAGAUGAAAUUAAAGCAGAAAUAGAAAAGCAGAGGCUUGGCACUGCCGCACCACCCAAGGCAAACUUCAUUGAAGCUGACAAGUAUUUCCUUCCAUUCGAGCUAGCUUGCCAGUCCAAGUCCCCACGGGUGGUCAGCACAUCUCUCGACUGCUUGCAGAAACUCAUCGCAUAUGGGCACAUCACCGGCAAUGCUCCAGACAGUGGAGCUCCAGGGAAGCGGCUGAUUGACAGGAUCGUUGAAACCAUUUGCAAUUGUUUUCAGGGCCCUCAAACGGAUGAAGGAGUUCAGUUACAAAUAAUUAAGGCUCUUCUGACUGCAGUAACGUCCCCGCACAUUGAAAUUCACGAGGGCACUAUCCUACAGACUGUUAGGACAUGUUACAAUAUCUAUUUGGCCAGCAAAAAUCUCAUCAAUCAAACCACUGCCAAGGCUACCCUUACUCAGAUGCUGAAUGUCAUUUUCACCCGCAUGGAAAACCAAGUGUUUCAGGAGAUCAGAGAAUUGGAAAAACCAGUCCAGUCGAAACCCCAGUCCCCUGUGAUUCAAGCUGCAGCAGGGUCCCCAAAGUUCAGUCAUUUGAAGCAGAAUGAGGCACAAAGCAAACCAACAACUCCUGAAAAGACAGAUUUAACCAAUGGUGCACAUGACACAAGUGGUUCUGAAAAAGUGAGCUCAGAGAAUGGAGAUGCACCCAGAGAAAGAAGCUCAUCGCUAUCAGGGACUGAUGAUGGAGCCCAGGAGGUGGUGAAGGAGAUCUUAGAAGAUGUGGUCACAUCUGCUGUCGAAGAAGCAGCACAAAAGCACAGUCUGACAGAAUCCGAGAGGGCCCUUGGCGAACUGGAGGGACAGGAAUGUGCUGUCCCAUCAGCAGUGGACGAAAACUCACAGACCAAUGGAAUAGCAGAUGACAGGCAGUCCUUGUCGUCAGCGGAUAACCUGGAAUCAGAUGCACAAGGACAUCAAGGAACUGCUAGGUUCUCUCACAUUCUGCAGAAGGACGCCUUCCUGGUGUUUCGCUCCCUUUGCAAGCUGUCCAUGAAACCCCUUGGUGAAGGCCCCCCAGAUCCAAAGUCCCACGAGCUGCGCUCCAAGGUGGUUUCCCUGCAGCUGCUCCUCUCGGUGUUGCAGAACGCCGGUCCAGUCUUUAGGACUCACGAGAUGUUCAUCAAUGCAAUCAAGCAAUAUCUCUGUGUGGCAUUGUCCAAAAACGGCGUCUCUUCAGUGCCUGAUGUCUUUGAGCUCUCUCUGGCCAUUUUUCUUACUCUUCUUUCAAACUUUAAAAUGCACUUGAAAAUGCAGAUAGAGGUCUUUUUCAAAGAGAUUUUCCUGAACAUUUUAGAAACAUCAACAAGUUCUUUUGAGCACAGGUGGAUGGUCAUUCAGACUCUGACAAGGAUCUGUGCAGAUGCCCAGUGUGUUGUAGAUAUUUAUGUCAACUACGACUGUGAUUUAAAUGCUGCUAACAUUUUUGAGCGCCUCGUAAAUGAUUUAUCCAAAAUUGCUCAGGGAAGAAGUGGACAUGAGCUGGGAAUGACACCUCUGCAGGAGCUCAGUCUGAGGAAGAAAGGACUAGAGUGCCUCGUGUCCAUUCUCAAGUGCAUGGUGGAGUGGAGCAGAGACCUAUAUGUGAAUCCCAACCACCAGACCAGCCUUGGUCAGGAGAGGCCCACAGAUCAGGAAAUGGGGGAUGGGAAAGGUCUCGACAUGGCAAGACGGAGCAGCGUGACCUCCAUGGAGUCCACAGUGUCCUCAGGGACCCAGACAACUAUCCAGGAUGAUCCAGAGCAGUUUGAGGUCAUCAAGCAACAGAAAGAAAUCAUUGAACAUGGCAUUGAGCUAUUCAACAAGAAACCCAAGAGAGGGAUCCAGUUUCUCCAGGAGCAGAGUAUGCUGGGAACAUCAGUUGAAGAGAUUGCCCAAUUCCUGCACCAGGAGGAGCGUCUCGAUUCUACCCAAGUAGGUGAUUUCCUGGGAGACAGCACGAGAUUCAACAAGGAGGUGAUGUAUGCCUAUGUGGACCAACUUGACUUCUGUGAAAAGGAGUUUGUCUCAGCCCUGCGGACAUUUUUAGAAGGUUUCCGCCUACCUGGGGAAGCCCAGAAGAUUGAUCGGUUAAUGGAGAAGUUUGCCGCAAGAUACAUAGAGUGCAAUCAGGGGCAAACACUUUUUGCUAGUGCUGACACUGCGUACGUCCUAGCAUAUUCGAUUAUUAUGCUAACUACAGACUUGCACAGCCCUCAGGUAAAAAAUAAAAUGACAAAAGAACAGUAUAUUAAAAUGAAUCGGGGCAUCAAUGACAGUAAAGAUCUACCAGAAGAAUAUCUCUCAAGCAUCUAUGAAGAGAUAGAAGGCAAGAAAAUUGCAAUGAAAGAAACAAAAGAGCACACGAUCGCAACCAAAUCUACUAAGCAGAGUGUAGCUAGUGAAAAGCAGCGACGGCUGCUGUACAAUUUGGAGAUGGAACAAAUGGCUAAAACAGCCAAAGCUCUGAUGGAGGCUGUGAGCCACGCCAAAGCCCCAUUUACGAGUGCCACUCACUUGGACCACGUCCGGCCAAUGUUCAAACUGGUGUGGACGCCGCUGUUGGCAGCCUACAGCAUUGGACUGCAGAACUGUGAUGACACUGAAGUGGCCUCCCUGUGUUUGGAGGGCAUCCGCUGUGCAAUCCGGAUCGCCUGCAUCUUUGGAAUGCAGCUGGAACGAGAUGCCUAUGUUCAGGCUCUUGCUCGCUUCUCCCUGCUGACAGCCAGCUCCAGCAUCACAGAAAUGAAGCAGAAGAACAUUGACACCAUAAAGACGCUUAUCACAGUGGCUCACACUGACGGCAACUACCUUGGGAAUUCCUGGCACGAGAUCUUGAAGUGUAUCAGCCAACUAGAGCUCGCUCAGCUCAUAGGAACCGGUGUGAAGACCCGCUACCUGUCUGGGUCUGGGCGUGAAAGAGAGGGGAGCCUGAAGGGCCACACAUUGGUGGGAGAAGAGUUCAUGGGCCUCGGUCUCGGUAAUUUGGUGAGUGGUGGAGUGGAUAAAAGACAGAUGGCCAGUUUCCAGGAAUCGGUUGGGGAGACCAGCUCCCAGAGUGUGGUUGUAGCUGUAGACAGAAUUUUUACUGGAUCUACUAGACUGGAUGGAAAUGCAAUAGUUGAUUUUGUCCGUUGGCUGUGUGCCGUGUCCAUGGACGAGUUGGCUUCCCCACAUCAUCCCCGCAUGUUCAGCUUACAGAAGAUUGUGGAGAUAUCGUACUACAACAUGAAUCGGAUCCGACUGCAGUGGUCCCGAAUAUGGCAUGUGAUUGGCGAUCACUUCAACAAGGUUGGCUGUAACCCUAAUGAAGAUGUGGCUAUCUUUGCUGUUGACUCAUUAAGGCAACUUUCCAUGAAGUUUCUUGAGAAGGGAGAAUUAGCCAACUUCCGUUUCCAGAAAGAUUUUUUGAGACCCUUUGAGCAUAUCAUGAAGAAAAACAGGUCUCCGACCAUCCGGGACAUGGUGAUCCGCUGCAUUGCCCAGAUGGUAAACUCCCAGGCUGCCAACAUCCGCUCGGGCUGGAAGAACAUCUUUGCCGUGUUCCACCAGGCAGCCUCAGAUCACGAUGGGAACAUCGUGGAGCUGGCCUUCCAGAGCACAGGCCACAUUGUCACAACUAUUUUCCAGCACCAUUUCCCUGCAGCCAUCGACUCCUUUCAGGAUGCUGUGAAGUGCUUGUCGGAGUUUGCCUGCAACGCCGCUUUCCCUGACACCAGCAUGGAAGCCAUCCGGCUCAUCCGUUUCUGUGCCAAAUACGUCUCCGAGAGGCCUCGGGUGCUACAAGAAUACACAAGCGAUGACAUGAAUGUGGCUCCUGGUGACAGAGUCUGGGUCCGAGGCUGGUUCCCCAUUCUGUUUGAGCUCUCCUGCAUCAUCAAUAGGUGCAAGCUAGAUGUGCGGACAAGAGGACUCACGGUCAUGUUCGAGAUCAUGAAGAGCUAUGGCCACACCUUUGAAAAGCACUGGUGGCAGGACCUGUUCAGAAUCGUGUUCAGAAUUUUUGAUAACAUGAAACUCCCGGAGCAGCAGUCGGAGAAAUCUGAGUGGAUGACAACAACUUGUAAUCAUGCACUUUAUGCUAUUUGUGACGUAUUUACCCAGUUUUAUGAAGCUUUGAAUGAAGUUCUUCUUUCUGAUAUAUUUGCACAGUUGCAGUGGUGUGUAAAACAAGAUAAUGAGCAGUUGGCUCGAUCAGGUACAAAUUGCUUAGAAAACUUAGUAAUAUCCAAUGGAGAGAAAUUCAGUCCUGAUGUCUGGGAUAAAACGUGCAGUUGUAUGAUGGAUAUUUUCAAAACAACCAUCCCACAUGUUUUGCUGACGUGGAGGCCUGUGGGAAUGGAGGAAGACUCAUCAGAAAAACAUUUGGAUGUGGAUUUGGACCGCCAGUCUCUAAGCAGCAUAGACAAAAAUGCCUCUGAGAGAGGCCAGAGCCAGCUCUCUAACCCCACUGAUGAGAGCUGGAAAGGUAGACCAUACGCAAAUCAGAAACUGUUUGCCAGCCUCCUCAUCAAGUGCGUGGUCCAGUUGGAAUUGAUACAAGCCAUUGACAACAUCGUGUUCUACCCAGCAACGAGCAAAAAAGAAGAUGCAGAGCACAUGGUUGCUGCCCAGCAAGACACGCUGGAUGCGGACAUCCACAUAGAGACGGAGGAUCAGGGCAUGUAUAAGUGCAUGUCUUCCCAGCACCUCUUCAAGCUGUUGGACUGCUUGCAGGAGUCCCAUUCAUUCUCAAAAGCCUUCAACUCCAAUUACGAGCAGCGAACUGUCCUAUGGCGAGCAGGUUUUAAAGGCAAGUCUAAACCCAAUCUUCUAAAACAAGAAACCAGCAGCCUGGCCUGUUGUCUGAGGAUCCUGUUUCGAAUGUAUGUCGAUGAGAACCGCAGGGAUUCCUGGGAAGAAAUACAGCAGCGACUCUUAAAUGUGUGCAGUGAGGCGCUUGCCUACUUCAUCACCGUGAACUCUGAAAGCCAUCGGGAGGCCUGGACAAGUCUCCUGCUGUUACUCCUCACAAAAACCCUCAAAAUAAACGAUGAAAAGUUUAAAGCACAUGCUUCAAAGUACUACCCCUACUUGUGUGAAAUUAUGCAGUUUGACCUGAUCCCUGAGCUCCGGGCAGUCCUGCGGAAAUUCUUCCUACGGAUAGGUGUUGUGUAUAAGAUAUGGAUCCCAGAAGAGCCGUCACAGGCAGCAGGCACCCUGUCACCAGUGUGGUAGCCCUGGCCCUGCUGCCCUCAGAACACUCGCCACGCCACCUCUGCUGGCACAUCUCCCGAAGGGGCAGAUCCUAGAGACAAGGAGUCAGCAUCUUGGCGCUCAGGAUGGUCUGGAUAAAGCCGGCCUCUGCGCUGGUCCCUCAGCGUCCUGAACAGGGCGUGUGUUGUAUGAAACUGCUGCAGACCCAGUUAGCACAGCGGGUGGGGAGUCUCUCAUCUCCGUCAUUCCAUUCCCUGACUGAACUGUCGGUCAGACCUGUCGCUGCACGUGCUGUCCUCUCUAGGGACGUCCCAUGAUUGACUGGAACCAUUUUGUCAGAGGAAGUUGCUCUCCUUUAAAAUACUGGACAUAGCUGUAUCGGUUCGUGACUAUUAGAGUCUGUUAAUAAAAUUUCUUGUAACGGCCAAGUGCCACCUAAGAUGCUGGGUUUUGUUGUUGUUUGAGUAUGUUAGACAAGUUUGAGUGUUUGUCAGUUGUGAGUCAGCUGCAAUAGGUUAGUUUGGGGAGAUGUAGGGGACAAAAGGAGGGUGUUUUCCCUGUUCUGUUUAUGUCUGAGUGAUUUUUAAAGUAUUUUACAAAAACAUAUUAUUGAAGAUUUGAUUAAGGCAGAGUUUCGUGAUUAAGUUAGACAAGCGUGCAAGGUUAAAAUGUAGUGCCUCCUGGCUCUGCCUGUUUUAGUAACUUGAGGAGAGAGACUAUAGGGGGAAAAAAAUUUAAUGAAGAUGAUUAGCCUUCCUUGAAGUAAGUACUUGUGGUGGAUGGGUAUCAAAUUAAAUUUCCAGGAUACAUUGUCCAUCUCACACACUGAAAUCUAAUAUAUGAAGUAGUAAUUUAAGAACUAAUUUAUAUUUGCGUAAACCUUUUAUUUGUACCUCAGAAUCGUGAGUGGACCAAUGGUUAGUGUCCCUCUCUGCACAGUCCCCAGUGCAGGGUCCUCGAGAGAGGGCAGUGGCUGUGCGGGAGACGGUUGCUCUGAACCUCCUCAGGCCCGUGUGCGGGUCCAACCAGAGCAGACCCGUGCUGUUGUGGGGCCGGCACAGCUGGUCUGUGACCUUGGCAGGAGGCGGCAUGGCCCAGUGCUUCUGCUGACCUGAGCCCAGGAGCUGAAUUCUUUGGAAGGUUCAAUUCUGAGGCCCUUUCUGUGUUAACAAUGGUGCAAUAUUCUUAGCUGCAGUAGACCUGGAUUCUGACGCAUCUUAUGUGAAAGCGGGCAGUGUACAGGUCGGCCCAAAGCCUGCGAGCAGGAUAUUUGGAAGUUCAUGUUGUUGUGAGUCCGUGAGAAAGAGCACACCUCAUUCUUGGCCCUCUCGCCCACUGCUCACCAAGAGCAGCUCAGCAUCAGGAAAGGUGUUACACAGUUUUUAACGCAUUCAGACUUCUGCCUACGCCCGUUAGUCCUGUAAAUUGGGUUGUAUCGAUGUCAACUCUGGUGCCUUAGAAGUUAGUAAGUUGGGAACCUAUCUAUAAAAGCAGAUUUUUUUUUCUUUAUAGAGAAGGAUUUCUGGUGCUUUUGUUUAUUAAGAAACCCAUUUCUUAAACGUUUUUCUUUUUAACAGCCUUGAGAAAUGUUUGGUUUGGGCCAGCAGUACUCUACUUUUUUCUUUCUCCAAAAGUGUUUUCAUUUCUUUACCAAAGGAAAAAAGCAGGCUUAUGUUUUUACAUUAUUUACACACAUUUAAGAGGAACUAUAUAACAGGAAGGGACACGGGAGAGCACAUUGGACUGACUUGUCUUGAGUCCCUUACAUCUUGGCACUGAACGUGGGAGCUCCGUUCUAAGACUGACUGACUCCUGGUACGAUGGUCUGUCACAGCCCCAACAAGUCAGUCAUCUCCAUCGACAUUUGUACUAAAGGCAUAAAUGGGGAACACGCAUGUUCAUUACAUUUUCGGUACAGCUGCACCCCUAAUUGGGAUUUUUCCUUUCCUUCUGAGAUUGUCAUAUGACAUUUGCUUCCUCGAAGGUGACUGCAAGACUUUUCCAGUAUAUUCCUGCCUUCUCUUUAAUUUUUGCCUCCUUUUGCGGAGUAAAAAAUGUGUAGUACAUUCUGUUACAUACUGAAACAUUCAGGCUUCCAUUUCUUUUUAACUUUAUCUUUUAAAUGAUUCAAUUUUCUAAAUGAGGCGUUUGAAUUGUACCAGCGUGGACUUUUAAACACUGGACGUAAAACCAUGAAGGGUAAUUUUUCUUGUCUCCGGACCGUGACCUACAGAGGAAAUCCGUUACCUCCAGUAAUAAGCCAUUCAGCCUAAAUUCCACUUCUGUGUCGUGGUGAACGUGGCUGGUGCCACUCAAACACUAGUGAGAAGGGUGUGUGUGGCUCACAGCACCGGGCCAGGGCACCAUGUGUUAACAAAGUGGAGGAGCAGAGGGAAGCGUUUCCAAGGCCUUACUUUCCCAGAAUGCUUUAAGUGUUGAGUAUAUGUGCUGGGUCUCCAGAGAAGUUUUUGUUACUUCUGCUUUGCGCAGUUUUGUUCUUCUUCAUUGUCCUUCAUAGAAAUCACCAGCUUUGGUAUCUUAACAACAAACAGAUGGGAAAUUUUAUUUCAAAUCUGUAUCUUUAGAAUCAAACACACUUUUCCCCUGGUACUCGCACAUACAACCAAAGAAUAUACAUUAUGGGAAUUGUAUAAUAUCUGGAAACACAACAUUUUCCGCUGACAGGUGACUUUUGUACAAAACGCAAAAAGAAAAAAACUUUUUUGUGGUUCCUUUGUGAUUAUGGCUAUACAUUUAGUAGUCUUUAGUAGUUAUUAAAGGAACCUGUUGACAAAAGUAUGACCAUCUCAUUCAGAUGUUUGUUGUUAUGAUGCAAAUGGUAUUGGUUUAAACAGAAGCUGGAUUCUCAGCUUUUAAACAAAAACUGCAUUUUUUGAAUUCUGUUUCUAUAUUUGUGUUAAGAUAAACAUAGCUUGAACUCACAUGAAAUCUUGGAGUUUUGCCAUCAGCAGCUUUGUAGUUUGGGAAACAAAGAAACCAAAGCUGAAUAUUUAAAAGAAUGAAUAUAUCUGGAAAUCCUUGCUGUCAUAAAAAGACGCUCAUCAAAGGUCUCGUUUUUCUCAGUGUUCUAAUUUUUU